AUGUCUCUCGAAGAAAAGCUCGACAAGAUCCGAUCGCCAAAGCUACAGAAUCAGCAGCAGACUCAUGUAGUGCUGUCCGCCGUUGAAGAUACCCUUCGCGACCAGAAGACGGAAGCGUCCCCAACGGGAUAUUUUGCAGCUCUCCUGGCGCUUCUGCGGCAAUCAGUCUCGGCGACAAGCGUGAACAAAGAUUUGGCUACUUCGGUAGUUUAUCUUCUCGAUGUUAUUACACCCUAUGCCCCGCAGCCUCUGCUCCGAUCCAAAUUCUCGCAGAUCCUCACCAACCUCGCUCCAGCUUUAACAUAUCCCGAGGCGGAUGCGCCACUCCUUAGGCCAUCUAUAGGAUGUCUCGAGUCAUUAUUGGUCGCCCAAGAUUCAGCAGCAUGGGAACUGUCACAUACACAAAUCGGUCCACGACGGGCGAUAGCAGGGCUCUUAAACCUGGCGGUUGAUCAUCGGCCGAAGAUCAGAAAACGGGCUCAAGAAGCAAUCACCAGAGUUUUGAAGAACCCCCCACCGAGUCCAUCCCUCGACCAUCCUGCGGCCGACAUGUGUGCGGAGACCGCAUUAAAGAGCUUAAGUGAUCUCGCGGCACAGGCGACCCAGGCUGGCAAACAAAAGAAGGGCGCAUCUGCAGAGCAUGAACCUGCCUUAAUACACGCCUUGCAAUUGGUUAAGACGGUAGCUGUGGCAUCGGGUGGUUGGCCCAGCAAGAAGAUUGAAGCAUUAUGCGAGGUUCUUCUAAAUAUCUCCAAGUCCAGCAACGAGUAUAUGACCAUGGCCGCUUUCGAGGUCUUUGAGAUUAUAUUUGAAGGCAUGGCCGAGGAAACAUCUUCAUCAAAGCUCCCGAGACUACUCGAGGUAAUCUCGGAACUCCGCCCAUCACAGAACGACUCCCAGCUUUUGCCGCCCUGGAUUGCGGUUCUCUCGCGAGGAUAUGAUGUUUCGGCGCAAAUUACCCCAGACGAAACCUUCCAAAAACUCCCGGAGUUAUUCAACCUGAUCAGCUCAUUCCUAGCAUCCUCAUCUCAUAAUAUUAGAGUCUCUGCGGCGGAAUGUUUAAUCUCGUUCAUGGCAAACUGCAUCCCAGAUACUGUCCUUUUAGAGCCUUCUAUUUAUGAUGAGAAGGUCCUAGAGAAACUUGCCAAAGCAGCAGUAGAUCUCCUUAGCGUGAAAUACCAGGCCGCUUGGAUGGAGACAUUUACCGUCAUGAGCGCAAUGUUUGAUGGUCUGCGUUGGCGAGCCGAUCCGAUCAUGUCAGAUGUUGUCCGAACAGUGGGCGAGCUUCGUGCCAAUGGCUCCUUUACCGGAAAGAAAGAGGCCGACGAGGUUAUUGGCAAAGCAAUCCGAGCUAUGGGCCCGGAAAGAGUUUUGGACAUUCUGCCAUUGAAUCUGUCAAAGCCAAAGCAGGGGCAGCCUGGUCGAGCGUGGAUGCUACCCAUAUUGCGCGACUAUGUCAGCAAUACUAAUUUGCAACACUUCAAGACCGAAUUCGUACCCCUGAGCGAGGCGAUGUUCCAACGGGUCAUCGACAAUGGUGAGGCCGAGAAGUCAGUGGAGAUUAAGAUUUUCGAGACUCUUGUUCAACAGAUAUGGGCCUUAUUACCUGGAUACUGCGAUCUGCCCCUUGAUAUUACCGAGUCCUUCGAUCAAUCGUUCGCUGAGCUGUUGUCAAAUCUAUUGUACAAGCAAGUCGAGCUGCGUCCAGAUGUCUGCAGGGCGCUUCAAACUCUAAUAGACUCGAAUAAAGCCAUAGUGGCAAUUGAGAGCGAUGAGGAUCUUGUUCUACAAAGCCGAGUAUCUAAGGCUACUGCCCAGAAGAAUAUCGAUUAUCUUUCGGGCUUCGCGAGUAACAUGCUGGCCGUGCUUUUCAACGUAUACAGCCAAACAUUACCUCAAUACCGAGGUUACAUCCUGCAAUGCAUAAAUGCAUACCUGAGCAUCGCACCAUUAAAAGAGGUGAUGGAGACCUUUGAGAGAGUCACAUCCAUGCUAGAAUCAUCACUUAAGGAGACCGUGGAGCAAACCCAAGCUGAAAAGCAAAAGAAAAAGGAGCAAAGCGCAGCAGACAAGAUGCCACCUAUGAGCCAUACCCUCAUGGACCUGGUAAUCACCAUUGCUAUCUACCUGCCUCGAGACAGUUUCAGCACCCUCUUCAAUAUUGCAUCACUCAUCAUCGUCAUGGACAGUGAUCCUCAGCUGCAGAAGAAAGCAUAUAAGCUCAUUCCACGCCUGGCCGAAUCUCCCGCGGGUCAGCAAGCGUUGCAAGAGCGCAGUACCGAACUACAACAGCUACUGCUGAAUAGCGCUGAGAAAGCAUCCGCUCCAGCUCGGAGGGACCGGUUAACAGCCAUAUCAACGCUCAUCCCAUUCCUUCCUAACGACUCACUCCACUUCAUACCUUCAAUUCUCUCGGAAGUUGUCAUCUCCUGCAAGGAAGUCAAUGAGCGAGCACGCACUGCCGCGUUUGAUCUCCUGAUUCUCAUGGGGGAGAAGAUGGCUUCAGCGUCCGGAGCAGUGAUAGACAACAGCAAGGUCCCUCAUAUGCCAAGUGACGCCCCAGCCGUCACAGCGAACCUCGAGGAAUAUUUCACCAUGAUCAGCGCAGGCUUAGCAGGUAGCGCAUCGCAUAUGGUAUCUGCGUCAAUCACAGCAUUGACUCGAAUCCUCUACCAUUUCCGCGAGUCGAUGAAAGUAGAAACUCUCAACGAGCUAGUCGAAACCAUGGAUCUAUUCCUCACGCACAAGAAUCGCGAAAUCGUACGCAGCGUUCUAGGCUUCGUCAAAGUUUGCAUAAUCAGCUUGCCCAAAGACCUAAUGGUUCCACGACUGCAAACCCUGAUACCAAACUUGAUGGUCUGGAGUCAUGAGCACAAGGCACAUUUCAAAGCAAAGGUCAAGCACAUCAUCGAACGCAUGAUCAGAAGAUUUGGUGUCGAGGUCGUGGAUAAGUACUGCCCAGAAGACGACCGGAAAUUAAUCGCCAAUAUCCGCAAGACUAGAGACAGGGCCAAACGGCAAAAGGAGGCCACUAAAGGGGCAGCAGGCGGCGAAGGUAGCGAUGAGGAGGGCGCAGCCACAAGCGGACGAAGAAAAGGUCACUUCGAGAGCGAAUACGAUGAGGCUGUCUACGGCAGCGACGAGUCGGACGGCUCUGAUGUCUCGGAUGAUGAGGUAUUCGGCAAGAGCAGAAAGCCUGCUAAGAAAGGCGGCAACACAUUUAUCGUUGAAGAUGAAGACGAGCCUUUGGAUCUCCUGGAUCGCAAAGCGCUGGCGAACAUCUCGUCAACUAGACCUCUCAAGCAGCGCGCCCCUAUGCGUACGAAAGCUAAGAUGGACUUGGACGGGAAGCUCUUGCUUGGUCAGGACAGCGACGACGACGCGAUGGUUCUCGAUACACCCGCAGAAGGGAAGGCUGAUGAUGACGAGGGCGGUGUUGGUGCAUACGUGAAGGCUAUCAAAGGCCGAGACGCGGUACAAAGAGGACGGGGAGGACGGCUAAAGUUUUCUAAUAAGCGAACUAAUGAUGAUGAUGACGAGAUGGAUGUUGAUGGUGAAGACAUCCAAGCUAUCAAGAAGAAGACUGGCGGGGAUUCUAGAGGUGGCAGCAGAGGUGGAAGCAGAGGAGGCGGGAGAGGCCGCGGUGGGUUCCGUGGUGGUAGUGGCAGGGGUGGCAUUUCCAAUGGAAGAAGAGGACUGGGAGAGGAUAAAAGACAUGGGAGUUCCGGACAAAGAGGCGGUGGUAGAGUUAUGAAAUCUCCUAGGGGUAAGAGCGGGCGUGCGCCCUUAGACUUCAAAAGGAUGGCGAAGAGUCCGUAUGCUGGUCGUGGGUUUACAUAUCCAUUUAACUUAAUCAACUAA